GUUGAACACUAUUCUUGGCCCAGACUAGUGUAGGGCGGGCAGGAAUGAUUUUUGGAUCCAGCCCACUGCGUCGCAUUUCAGCCCUGUCGUCACUUCCGUCAUCCUCUCUCGCUUCCAUCUUGCUCUCCGCGUGUGUUUGCUGCUAGUGUGCAGAUGAAAGAAACGAUAAUGAACCAGGAGAAAUUAGCCAAGUUGCAGGCACAAGUCCGCAUUGGUGGAAAGGGUACCGCCCGCAGAAAGAAGAAGGUGGUCCACAGAACGGCCACAGCCGAUGACAAAAAACUCCAGUUCUCCCUGAAAAAAUUGGGAGUAAAUAACAUCUCUGGCAUCGAGGAGGUGAACAUGUUCACAAACCAGGGCACGGUGAUCCACUUCAACAAUCCCAAAGUGCAGGCUUCACUGGCAGCCAACACCUUUACCAUCACAGGCCACGCCGAGACCAAGCAGCUGACAGAGAUGCUGCCCUCUAUCCUCAACCAGUUGGGCGCUGACAGCCUGACCAGUCUGCGCAGACUUGCAGAGGCCCUGCCCAAACAAGCUGGUGAUGGAAAGGCACCGGUAGCUGGUGGAGAGGAAGAUGAUGACGAAGUUCCAGACCUUGUGGAGAAUUUCGAUGAGGCUUCAAAGAAUGAGGCAAAUUAACACGAUGGGAAGGAAAGACGUUUGAAAUCUCUGGUCUCAGCGGAGACUUGUGGGACUUUUUUUUUGUUUUUUUUUUUUUUUUUUUUUUUUUCAUUUCUUUUAUAAAUAUAUUGCAUCCCUGAAUCUCCUAUAUCUUUUUCGUGCACUGCUGUGACCCUCAUGUGUCCAAGCUGAGAGUGUGAGAUUGAUUGUACUACGCAAGUUCAUGCACAGUUUUGAGAGUUUGUGUGUUUGCUUGUGCGGUCCAAGAGGCAUCUUUGCCUCCACCUUCCCUGUUACUGAGGCUCACUCAUUUGGAGCCUGUCUGAAUCAACAUCUGGAAAUAAACAUUUGCUAUUGACAAAAGGCUUAUUAAA